ACCUUUACCAACUACCAACCUAUUUCGUCUACAGUGCAAGAAGUUGAAUUAUUGGAAAUAGCAAGUCCUUUUUGCCGGUUCAGUGUAUAUUUAGUAAAUAUUUGAUUUAAAUAAUUCACAAAAGCUGAAAGACAUAAAGUCGAAAUCUUUGUUUGGUGACGUAAAGAAUAAAAAAGUUUGUUAGAAAACACAAUUAAAAAACGUUUACAAAAUCAUUGUACUUGUCUCGAAAACUGAAUAAAUUCUUUUCUUGGAAGAUAAAGAAUAAUAGAAUAGGUUAGCUAUUAUAUUUUCUGAAAGUGGUGUCAAUAAUUAGACUUUUAACGUAUCAUCGUCUUUAUCAAGUUUAAGCAGCUUUAAUACAUACAGCCGGUUUUUUUUGGAAAUCUCGCGUUUUCUAUAUUUGAGUCUGUUUUAUUUUACCAAAGGUGAAAGGAUACCGGAGCUUGUGUGACUUUAUCCAAACUGGAUAAAUAUUUUUCCUGCAAAUACAGCCUAGGUGGGUAAAUUUUUGAUUCAUCAUUGUUACCCUCUAAUCUACGUUUUUUGCUGUGUAAGUCAAGAGAAAAUAAAUUUUAAGCCAUAAAGAAGCUUGUCAUUCAAGCGCCUAGUAUUAUAUAUAUCCCUUAAAGUUGAUUAACGAUCUGCUAAAAAAAAAUUAUUGAUAAUAGUACUGCUCGAAAGGACAGCUUUUAUUCGAUUACGGUUUCAAAUUUCAUUGGUAAAUUUGGAAGUCAGUGUUUGCUAAUCUUCCAACGUAAAUUUUAUUGAAGUACCAUUCAUUAUGUCUGGUGUCAUAUAUUAUAAAUUUAAAUCUCAGAAGGAUCCCUCACGGGUGAGCUUUGAUGGUACUGUGGGAAUGUCGGUUUUUGAUGUUAAACGAGAGAUUAUCCAGCAGAAAAAAUUGGGCAGCGGUCUUGAUUUCGAUCUUCUGCUAUAUAAUGCCAAUACCAAUGAAGAAUACGAUGACGAUACAUAUAUUAUUCCCCGGUCAACUUCUGUAAUUGUGCGACGCGUUCCCGCUCAAAAAUCUGGCAAAGGUACAGCCGCCCGGUAUGUAAGCGGUGCACCACGUACUACCGGAAAUACGAGGCCUGAGUUAGCGAAGAAACCGGUCCCUAUGCUACAAAAAAAACCUCAAACAAAUACCGCUACAUCUGGUGAUCCAUCUGCUACAAAAUUAGCACCAGGUACGUCGGAGGAAGCUGCUAUUCAACAAAUGUUUCAAGUUUCCAGUGAUCAAUGGCGCGAGACACAGGAUAAAAUGGCAUCCGCCACUCCGAUCUACAAGCCUAACCAAAGACGUAUUGCUGCAUCUAUUCCUGACAAGCCUCCUCCACCUGGUUAUAUUUGUUACAGAUGUGGUCUGAAAGGUCACUGGAUUCAGGCAUGUCCCACAAACGCUGAUCCAAAUUACGACGGAAAACCGAGAGUAAAGAGAACAACUGGUAUUCCACGUUCGUUUCUUAAGAGCAUUGAUGCUCCUGCUGAGGGAGAUACUGCAAAUAUCAUGAUUAAUGCGGAAGGAGAAUAUGUGGUUGCACAACCUGAUCAAGCGUCUUGGGAGUCCUAUCAAGCUCGGAAAGUAGCCUUGACUGCAAACGAUGUUUACAAAAUGCAGCCCCCUGACUCGUCGUUGGCUUGCACCAUUUGCAAGAAGCUGGCCAAAAAUGCCUUUCGAACUCCUUGCUGCGAUCAACUAUUCUGCGAGGACUGUAUACAAACCGCUCUUUUAGACACCGACUUUGAAUGUCCUCAUUGUCAUCAAAAGGACGUACUGCUAGAUUCCCUAAAAGCUGAUUACCAAGUUCAACGAAAGAUUGAAUCCGUUGUAAGAUCUGUUCUAGCUACGCAUAAUAAAGAAAGCCAAGAAUCCAUUCCAAGUCUUGAUUCUUCCUCUUCUUCGUUAAAUGAGAAAAGAAAACGUGAAGAUGAUGAGGUCAGCAAUCCAUCAAAGUAUAGUGCAAAGUCAUCAGCAAACUAUGCAAAGCCAUCUGCUCAACCCGCAUUUCGUCCUGGAAUGCCGGUGCCUUCAGGCAUGCCCAUGCCUCCUGGGAUGCCACCAUUACCUCACUUACAAGGGUUUCCAGCUCCAUUUCCUCCUUUUAUGAUGCCAGGGUUUCCCCAGAUGCCAAUGAUGAAAAAUAAUGAAAUGAGCAAUCUUCCAUAUGGUCCUCAGUCUCGCCCGAACUACAAGCCGCCGAGUCGGUCCUCUCAUUCUCCUACACCUACAACUUCCGCAGUUCAAAAUAACUCUUCACCUAACAUAACUUAAUGUCACUGCUAUCGCCGACUCUUAGGGAACGGACCGUAAAUUGUGACGAAACGUUAUAUGAAUCUUGAAGAAGCAACUGCUUUUCGUUGCCAUGCGUGACAAGUUUUCCGAUGGAAAUUCUCAUUAUUGAAUGAUGCAUCAAAAUUUUUGGAUAUCACCCUUCUACUAACUUCUUGGAAUCAAUGUCUCUUUGAGUCUAGUCAUUCUUUUAAUCAUUAAUCAUAAUAAAAAGCUUAUAUAAGAAUUGAGUUUGAAUGUGUGUGUCUCUAGUCCUUUAUUUUUUUCUAUUGCUCAAGAAUUACCAACUCUAUGUGAUAACAACUCUACUUCCUUUGCGUAA